AUGCUUGUCGCAGACUACACUCUCAACAACCCCGACACGCUUACCAAGUAUAAGACGGCCGCCCAGAUCUCGGAGAAGGUGCUGGCCGAGGUGUCCAAGCUUUGCGUUGCCGGCAGCAAGAUCGUCGACAUCUGCGAGAAGGGAGACAAGCUCAUUGAGGAGGAGCUCGCCAAGGUUUACCGCGGAAAGAAGAUCACCAAGGGCUUUUCCCACCCUACGACUGUCUCCCCUGCCGCAUUUGUGACUCCCUACACGCCGCUCAGAUCCGACGAGAAGGAGGCCGAGGUUGAGCUUCAGGCCGGCGAGCCCGUCAAGAUCCAGCUAGGAGCGCAGAUUGACGGCUUCGGCUCCAUUGUGUGCGAUACCGUCCUCGCACCCAAGCCCGACGAAGCCCAGGAUGUCAUUGAGGGUCGGUCGGCCGACCUGCUGCUGGCCACCCACUAUGCCAACGAGCUUCUGCUGAGGUUGAUGCUGCCCCCCGGCCUCCUAGCCCAGGGCACCGAUGAGGAGAAGGCGAAGGCGGCAGCUGCCAAGCCCCCAACGCAGGCCAAGAUCACAAGCCUACUUGAGAAGGUCGUGCAAGCCUAUGACUGCAAUCUCGUCGAGAGCACGACGUCGUGGCUCUUUGAUCGGAACGAGAUCGAGGGCAAGAAGAAGAUUGUGAUUGCUCCUGGCGAUAACACCAAGGGAGAAGGUGUUCCCGAAGUCGGUGAGGUGUGGGGUGUCGAGAUGGGCGUCAGCCUCGGAUCGGGCAAGGUCAAGCAAUUCGAGCAGCGAACCACGCUUCACCGCCGCACUGCCAACACGUAUGCCCUGAAGCGGCCCACCUCGCGCAAGAUUCUCUCCGAAGUGCAGAAGAAGUUCGGCACCUUCCCGUUCAGCUUGCGCCAGCUCGAGGAUGAGCGUGAUGCCAAAUCGGGUGUCAUUGAGUGCGUGCGCGGCAACGUGUUCCGCCAGUACGAGGUUACCGGCGACAAGGACAACUCGCCUGUUGCCAGGUUGCUUACAACUAUUGCAAUCACCAAAAACGGCAUCACCAAGCUAGGUGCCCCUCCGGCGUUGGAUUUGACCAAGGUAAAGAGCGAGAAGAAGCUUGAGGACGAAGAGAUCCUCAAGAUUCUGGAGCAGCCGCUGUCCCGGAACACGGGCAAGAACAAGAAUAAAAAGAAGAAGAAGAAGCCUGCCAAGAAGACGGCUGAAAAGGAUGAAGAGGAGGAGGAGAGCGACGAUGAGUAA